UCAACACUAGUGGCAGUCUACAUUCUACAAUGGUGUUAUGUGUGUCGAAGGAUUUGACUUUUUGACGUAAAUUAUUCGUGUAGUAAAUAUGGCUGACGAACUCAAUGUUGACAGUCUAAUUCACAGACUUUUAGAAGUUCGAGGAUGCAGGCCUGGCAAGACAGUGCAGAUGUCGGAGUCAGAGGUCCGCGGCCUCUGCACCAAGUCCAGGGAGAUAUUCCUGCAACAGCCGAUACUACUGGAGUUGGAGGCACCGCUCAAAAUUUGUGGUGAUAUUCACGGCCAGUACACAGAUUUACUACGUCUAUUCGAAUAUGGAGGUUUCCCACCGGAGGCCAAUUAUUUAUUCUUGGGUGAUUACGUAGAUCGUGGCAAACAAUCACUGGAAACUAUAUGCCUCCUGCUCGCAUACAAAAUAAAAUAUCCUGAGAAUUUCUUCUUGCUCAGAGGAAACCAUGAAUGUGCCAGCAUAAAUCGUAUUUAUGGUUUUUACGACGAAUGCAAGCGCAGAUACAACAUAAAACUGUGGAAAACAUUCACGGACUGUUUCAAUUGCUUGCCGAUUGCCGCCAUCAUUGAUGAAAAGAUAUUCUGCUGUCACGGUGGCCUGUCUCCAGACCUUCAGGGUAUGGAGCAGAUUAGGCGGAUAAUGAGACCGACUGAUGUCCCAGAUACAGGUUUACUAUGCGACUUGCUCUGGUCAGACCCGGACAAAGACGUGCAAGGUUGGGGUGAGAAUGACCGCGGUGUCUCGUUCACAUUCGGCCCGGAUGUCGUCAGCAAAUUCCUUAACAGACACGAUUUAGAUUUGAUCUGUCGUGCCCAUCAGGUGGUCGAAGAUGGAUACGAGUUCUUCGCGAAGAGGCAACUCGUAACGUUGUUCUCCGCACCAAACUAUUGCGGUGAAUUCGACAACGCUGGCGGUAUGAUGUCCGUCGAUGAGACGCUCAUGUGUUCUUUCCAGAUAUUGAAACCAUCCGAGAAGAAAGCGAAAUAUCAAUACAAUGGCAUCAACAGCGGCAGGCCCGCCACGCCUCAACGGUCGCCACCAAAAAAGAAAUAACUGACGUUCGGAAUCCAGUGUGCGGCACAGUGAGAGGAACGCUACAAAUGAUUAAUUGUAUCAUGUAUUAUAAUUAUGUUAGUGUGGUCAUUGGACAAAGCCGAAUAAUAUGUCGCAUAUUGUUAAAAUUUAUUUAUCAAUUUGCUUGUGCCUUCUUAUUUUUAAUUUUAAUUAUUAAUGUGAGUGAUAUUAAUUUAUGAAUUUAGUUCUACAGCGUUGUGGAUGCAAAGACAUGAGCUAUUCGGCGAUGCCUCGGUGACUAUUGCUUUUUCGAUCCCUGAUGUAUCCUACACCGGAGUGUACCCUGUUAUGUUGUUCUAACAUGUUGAUGUUGAAAUGAAAUUGUUUAGUUGAUAUUGAAGACUCGGGGUGGGGGCUAGCGAUCUUAAAGAUGCGGGCAUUGGAUGUAAAGCGUCGUUACAUUUCAUAUUACUAUUUAUUAAGUUGUAGUGGAUCGAAAGCACAUUUGCUUUAUUUAUUCUGUAACUAAUGUGCCUAUAAAUGUAAAGUAUGAAUAGGUCUCGUAUAAGUGACGACAAAUUGUUUAUUUGAAAAAUUCUAGGAUGUAUUAGGCAAAAUUAUUUUCCAAAAAUUUUACAAUCGUCCAUCAAAUUUUUCAUUCUAUUAGUUUUGUACACUUAGUGUUUAUUUAUUUUUGGGAUUUAUCCAGUUGUGGGACUGGCCUAAGAUGAUAUUAACCUUCACUAUGUCAUGUCAUAGGAAAUAAGUGUCUUACUUCCUGACAAGACCGCAUCGCAUUCACCUUUUAUGUUUGAGAGUGAAGAACCCAGUGAAAUUGAUAAUGUUAUUUCGCACUCAGUAUUACUCUUUACAAAUUAAGUAGACGUUCCAAAAUUAAGAUUUGGCAUGAUCUCUCGUCGGAGGCUGUCACGCGCUGCAGAGGUAGCAAGUCUCAUGCAUUGAUAUAAUUUUAAUAAAGGUGGUAGAAACAGUGUAGUCCUCGCAACAUAGUGCAAUUGCUAUAUUAUUAUUAUUAAAUAUUAUAAAAUUAUAUGCAGGUUUUGCAUUGUACAAUUUUAUUUUUUAGCUAUGUUAUAACAAUGUCAAAUGAUUUUCAUUAAUAAAUAUAACUAUUAAACUAAGAUGUAAAUUUUUUCUUUCUGUAUAAUUUGCAUUUACUUGUAAUUGAAAAAUUGCAUUGUAAUUGUAUCUUGUGCUAAUUAUUAAACAUAAUAAUUAAAUCUUUAUGUACUAUGCUAUUAGGAUAUCAUUUUCACUUUUAAUAUUUCCUUGAAUAUGCAUUAAAAGCUUUAUAUUUGAUUGUCGGUAAAUAAUGUUGAUAAAUAAUAAGUUGCUAUUUUUUAAAUUCAAAGUUUGCUUUCUGUAAUAGCAGGUGUAUAGCAAGCCGUAGGUAGCUGGAACCAAAUAAAGCAACAUUAGAUUUUUAUGUGAUUUUAUCAGUAACACUUUUAAAUAUCACUAACAUUUAUUCUCUAUUUUCAUCUACACUAGUUAAAGAUAAGUUCAGAAGAUUUUGAGUUUAAUAUAAUUAAAAUAAAAUUUCGUUGUACUUUUUCUCAAGUGUGUACAAUUUUCUGAAAUAUAAAUUUUAUUCAAAUAAUA